AUGUCAUCAACUACCACCACUUCUACUUCCGCAUUCCAACAACAACCCUAUAGCAAUAACAACAACAACAACAACAAUUCUACCACUAUCCUCGACUCGACCACCACCACCACCACACCCACUCUCUACAGCUUCGCACUCCGAAAAGCUCUCUCCUAUUAUUAUAAAGCCAAUCAACACAUUCGAUACUACUUGCCCUAUGCUUCUGAAUUUGGAGCCACUCAAAUUACACCCAACUUGUGGCUGGGUGAUAUUUCGGAUGCAAUGAAUGUGCCACAUCUCAACAAGAAUUCCAUCUCUCACAUUGUAACAUGUGUCAAAUCAUUGAAACCAUUCUAUCCCGAAGAAGGAUUCAAUUAUUUAAAUUUACAUUUAUACGAUCAAAGUGAUGAAUCGAUUGGACAUGAAAUAUUUCAAGAAUCCUUUGAAUACAUUGAUCAGGCGAUUCAAAAUGGAAAUAAUGUACUUGUGCAUUGCAUGAAAGGAAGAUCACGAAGUGCAUCCAUUCUCAUUGCUUAUUUGAUGAGAAAGAAUGGAUGGACCUAUCGAGAGACUUUGAAAUUUGUUCAACAAAAGAGAUCUAUUGUUCAGCCGAAUGAAGGAUUUGAACGUCAAUUAUUGGAAUUGGAAAAAAAGUUGUCAAGUUUGCAAAAUUCAUCAAAUCUCCAAUCGAUAGAUGAUGAUACUGUGGAGUGGUCAAGGUGA